GGUGAACCCACUGACCCAGGCAUCCCAUCACUGUCUCUUGAGGCAAGAGUGGAGUUUUCUGUAAUAAGCAGAUGAGGGUGCCCAAGGAUACUGCAAGUUUGCACUAGCCUAUUCCUGGUUUCACCGAAAUAUGAGCUAAUUAUUUCACUGAGUUUUCCUGCCACACUGCCCCAUCUCUCCCUUUCUAGGCCAUUCUGGCUAGUACAGUCGGGGAUUCCAUCAGCAAUGGUCCGGGUGCUGGAGAGACUGAUCUGCAGAGGACCGCAGCCCACACAACUGACAUCCGGAAUAUCCAAGCUCUUCAUGCUAUCUUUCUAGAAACCCCAGCGUCGCUGGUGGGGCCAAAUGGGCUUUGGGUCUCGGAGAUGAUGCAGUCUUCGCACUUAGAACCUUCUGAGGGCGCCUGGGCGUUGCAUCCGGCGGUGCGCGCUUAAGGGGCCCCCUCGAGGCGGGGCCGCGCGCAGCCCGAGCUCAGCGGCCGCCGUACCCCAGUGCUGUCGAGAGUUGACUUUUCUGGCCUCCGUGGGGGCUGCGUCUGUAGCCAUGUCGCGGUUCUGUCGGCGCAAGUACAAGAACGGGGACCUGGUGUUCGCCAAGUUAAAGGGCUACGCCCACUGGCCGGCCAGGAUCGAGCAAACGGCCGAAGCCAACCGCUACCAAGUGUUUUUCUUCGGGACCCACGAGACAGCCUUCCUGGGCCCCAAGCAUCUCUUCCCAUAUGAGGAGUCCAAGGAGAAGUUAGGCAAACCCAACAAGAGAAGGGGCUUCAGCGAGGGGCUGUGGGAGAUCGAGAACAACCCCACCGUCCAGGCUUCCGAUUACCAGUUUGCGCAGAAGAGUGGCACCGAGGAGCUCGAGCCGGAGGCCACCGAGGGCUUUGAGGACCUGAAGAGCCUCACCGAUGGCAGCGGCGGAACCAAGCAAGGGCGGCGGGGCCUGGACCCACCAGCCUUGGAGAAGAAGGAGCGGCUGAAGAGGAGUGCGGGGGACCCACCAGAAGGCAUCCCCAAACAUCCCAGGGAGGCCGAUCCGGAAGCGGGGGAGGAGAUGGAGGAGGCCGCGGCCGCGGAGGAUGCGAGGCCACCACUCCCGGAGGCAGAGAUCAACCACGCUGUGACCCACUGGGGCCCCACCUGGGAGCCGCCGGUGGAGGAGGAGUGGGAGUGGGAGGAAGAGGCUGCUGAGAGAGAGGCUGAGGCUGCAGGCUUCGGACGCCCAGAGAGCCAGUAGUCACCAAGGUUUCAAGAAGAGCCCUCGCCCCUUCCCGCUGUGGUCUGGCUGUUACUAGGAAAACUGGUCUGGGCCUGCAAACUGGGACCGCCUCCACUGUCCCCACCCGCUCUCCUCCACCCACUCUCCCUCUCCAAGCCCGGCUCUUGGGGACUGACCAGGAUGGGACAAGCCACCAGGCCCUCACCUCUGUGCCCCUACUCCCUUAGGGUCUGAGUCAGAGCCUCUGCUCCCUGGGAUGAGACGAGACCACCACCGUGUUCCCUCCCUGCCUGGAACUGUUUCCCAAGGCUCUGUCUAGGCAUGGGCUGGCCGUUUCUACCUCCCAACAUCCCUCUGUCCCUUCCCUUUCGUUCUGGAACUCUGCAUUGGAAUCA